AUAUUAAACAUAUGUAAUCUCUUAUAAAUAUUUUAUAUUAAUUUAUAGUGAUAAUUAUAUUGUAGUAUAUAGAUAAUAUCAAAGAUUAUAUAUUUUUAAGAUGUUAUAAAAUGCAGAGUAUGCUAAUUUCGAAUAGAAUGUAUUUGUUAAUUUUAUUAGUGAUUUAUUUUAUAAUAUGUAACUUGUGAAAAACGAAUUUAUUACCUUGUCUCAAUUGUAAAGAAAAUCUGUAAUAUCGACGUUUACUAUUGUAUUGUGUUGAUAAAUGAUAUCGGUCGAUAAUUUGUUAUAACGACCUAUAGUAUUUCUAUUAUGUCUUAUUGACCAUGUUUCUCUUUGUACCAAUGUAAUUAUAUUAAAUUACUUAAUAUAUGAAAUAUUUAAAUUCAUAUGAAAUAUUAAAUAUGGCAUUUUAUCAUGACGUAUUUUACAUAUCUUUUGUAUACAUAUUGUCUAAAUGUUUUUAAUAUAUUGCAUGGAGUAUAUUACAAUUAUGGAAUCUAUUUAAACUAUUCCAAUUUAUUAAAUCAUCUUUAUAACACUAAGUUAUAAAAUUGCAUUGUUAUUUUACUGAAUUAUAACAAUGUCAAGUAUAAGUUAUCAUUUACCGACUCAGCUCUGUAUUUUUGUACAGUAUUGCGAAUUAACUGUGAUUCAAUGAUAAUGUAGAUCAUUUAUCAUAUGUCACGUAUUAUCUAUCAAUUUUAGUUGGUCACUUUUUCUAUAGAUGUCACUAGCGGUAUAUUUUUUUAUUGGUGCCCAUGUGGGCACUUUCUAACCUAAAAAAAAUAUUGUUUACACGUGAAAGAAACCGUGAUUUUUGCAGUCCACUUUUAUUUAUCGUAAUAAAAAUAAAAUGGAAGAGAAGGUAACUAGAAUGGAAGAUAUCCUUGAGGAAAAUUCGUCUGACGAUGACAUGUCACAUAUAAAUGAAAUUAAUGUAGAGAAAACAAAUCAGACGUCUUUUAAACGAGACAUUCCAAAAGGAAAACCAAAAUCCGGUAGAAUAUGGAAAGAACCUAGAAAGAGAUUUUCAUCUAUAGUCAAGAGCAGAGGUAUACGGUUAUCUCUUGAAAAGAAACAGAAGUUGAAAGAAAAUUUGCAACGUGCUAAGGAAAUGUCAAGAACAAUUAAGGAACAAAAACAGGCAGAGAAGGAAGCAAAGAAGCAAAGGAGAAUAGAAAAUUUGAAGAGAGCAGAAGAAAAUAGAAAAAAGGGCGAAGUUGUACAAGUUAUUAAAAAUACUGCCAAACUAAAGAGAAUGAAAAAGAAGCAAUUGAGAUUGAUCGAAAAAAGGGAUACAAAUGACGCUUAAAAAAACAAAAAAAAAAAAAAGAAACAAGUCUGUUAAAAAUAUUGUUAAAAUAUGUAAGAACGAACGAUUCUC